AUGGCAGCCAAGGCUCGAAUUGCUACGCUGGAAUGCGGCCCUCGUCCCAAUUGGGUAACGUCACCGACUAGUGGCCGACUCCGCCCCUCCGCCCCGCCCCCGCGUCGAUCGCCAGAACGGCACCUUACCGGUCUAGGCAAGCGGCCCAACUGUCCGAAAUACCGGGUUUCGCGUAUUUAUUGGGAGCCGCUAAGGAAUCGCCGUUUAACUUCGGACACCGAUUGCGAAGCACCGUGUUUGGCAAACGGCGGCUUCCAAUGCAGGAACUGGAAGGCUAAGCUUUUUACUGCGCCCGCGGUUGCCAAGACAGGGAACCAGCUGCAGGUCACAUGA